GUCUUUUCCCUUUGUCUGAUCAAAGGAAAUAUAAAAACCCGAGUCUGCUGUUUUCACGCACAGCGAAAUGCCUUCGGCACAGCUGGGGACAAUAACAGAGGCAAGGAUUUUCGCAAUGAAUCAAGUAAACCCUCACGACCCUAGGAAGCCCAAAUAGUGACGAACUCUGAUUGCUAAGCUUCAGGGUGCGAUGUGAGUGAAAAUGAGCCCUUGCCUCUGCUCUUUCUAAUGGACCUGAAGAACAGACCCUGUUGCUGCUGUUAGAAUCCCUUCCCCAUCUCACGUCCCACCUCCUUUGCUCGCACAUCCACCUGCGCGCAAAUAUUUACACAUUGCCACAUCAGAGAAAUGCACACAUGCACACACAUUUUCCUGCAAGCACUCGCGCGCGCACGUCCUUCCGCGGCUGCCUGUGUCCUGUCUCUCACCCAGACACAGACACUUAUACACGUAGGCCAGAAAAAGCGCAACCCACGGUCCUGUGACUCCACGCAGGUCCUCAGAACACGCCGUUUACAUUGAACCGAUCCGCGAGCACAGACAAACCUACCAACAAGUCUACUGGCUGGAAUUCAUCUCCAUGGCAACAAACAUGGAAGGUGGAGAACUGACUCCUGCAGGAACUCCCAAGAGCCACCACGAUGCACCAGUGAACGAUGAGUAGCACCUACUGCAGCAAUUCUUCAGCUAAGAUGAGUGUCAACGAAGUCUCUGCGUUCUCCCUGACGCUGGAGCAAAAGACUGGCUUUGCCUUUGUGGGCAUCCUGUGCAUUUUCCUGGGGCUCCUUAUCAUCAGAUGCUUCAAGAUUCUCUUAGACCCAUAUAGCAGCAUGCCCUCUUCUACGUGGGAAGAUGAAGUCGAAGAGUUUGAUAAAGGGACCUUUGAGUAUGCGCUUGCCUGAUGGUGGUUCCAGCCUUUUCCAGUUGCCAUUGGGACACAUGUUAGACACAUUUGUAAUUAGCCUGACUGUGCUGCUGCAGAGAGGAUCAUUUCAUUCACAAAAUUCAAUAAACAUCUGUGAUUGAUUUAUCCAC